UAUAAGAAUAUAAAUAAUAAGCAAGACGAGCUGAGUCGAUUUAGUUUUAUUCGUCUGUGUGUAUGUACAUGUACGUGAACUAGUCGCUUAGUUUUAAGAUAUUGAUCAGAAAUUUUGCACACGCCCUUUUCUCGUCUAAUAAUAUUGUUCAGAAUUGUCGAUAUUACACCAAAGGCUUUAGGAGGUUCAUUGUGAAACCUUCGGCAUGAACAUUUGGCUCAUAUUUGGAUACACGAGUGUAGUAGAAAACAGGUCCGCUUGCACAUAGCCCCGCUACGGAAGUACCUUAUUACGGAAGGUGCCAGGUAUCUGUAAGCUCCGUUCGAGACUGGGAUAUUUAAAUUCAACUAAAUUUGUCAUAGAGGAUGUCAACGGUUUUUGCGAACUUUAAGAGAAACUUGAUAUCUUAUUUUGAUACUUCAUCUAGUCUCUUGAACUGCGAAGGCCCUAGAUAUCUAAGACGAACUCUACAUAAGGCUGGACAGAAGCAAAGGAUAUGUUUCAGAGACUCUCAUGCCGACACGCAGGAUGGCACUUUUGGCAAUCUUAUCAGAAAAUUAGUUUCCCGGAAUUCCUUGGUGGCUUGAAACCCACUAUAUAUAUGUACAUAUAUGCAACCGAUUUUCGGCAGCCACUACAUCAACAGCCUCGCGGAGGGUUCUUUUAUGCAACAUGCAAAUGCUCCGAUGAAGGGUUUUGUAGCUUCAGUGCACCCGAAAUAAAAGUUCUUUGCUGUUGUUUUUUGUGUACAAAGAGAUAACUAUGUAGUUGCAAAUAGUGGAAAACUUAUUCAAGAAGACGCAAAUAACGACAAAUUUAAAGAUAAAAAGAAAUACUUGGUAAAUUUUUCUUUCUGUUUUCCUGACUUAAAACAUUUCUCAUAAAUUUGAGAUCAUACAUAGGCAGCUUGAAGCUACUGGGAAUUCCCUUAUGUCGGAUGACGUAGAACUACAAGAUAAGCUUGAUCUACAUCAAUUAAAAGUGGAAAGGCUAAGUUAUUGAUAAUAUUCUCUUCUUGGUACUAAAAAUUCUCGUCAAACAACUAACCCUGAGUAUUACUGGCACGAACGGUAGGGGAGCCUAGCUCAAGCCUGUUUCUUAAUAAUAAUAUACCUAUACUAAGCAUACUGAUCUACAUUUUUACAUAAUAUAUAAUGCAGCGUGUAAUUCCCACGCUUCUCAAUUUCACUUCGUAUGCCAUAUUUACGCUCAAUAGUUUAGUCACGCUCUUUCAAGCUCUCUUUUUACGUACAAGACUGCAACUUCUCUGAAUUUUUCACACACGUUCCACAAGCUCGAUUCUUAUCACAACAACAAAAGUCAUAAAUUCACUGAAAAAGAUAAGAUAGGCUCUCCUUAUCUACCAGCGCGACUCUGGCACUCUGGUGUUUGUGCAAUUCCACACCGGCGCUUCACAUAACGGCACUGCGUGAUAAACAAUUCAGUAGUUAAACGGCUCCCACAGAAAGUGCAUAUUUGGCAGCGGUUAGUGCGCAACGUUAACACAAUGAAAUUCCCAAACUUUGCAAUCGGAUUGCUCGUGAUGGUGUGCCAUGUGCUUAACGGCGCAGAAAGCGCAAAUAUACUCAGUUUAUUCGAGGUAUUAGCGCCGGAUCAACAAAUUUGGCACGAUGCCGUUAUCAAGGGUUUAAUUGAAAGCGGCCAUAAAGUUACGCUAGUCAGCGGCAGUACAGUGCACUCGAAAUCGCCACACCUCACACAAAUCCAUCUGGAGCAGGUGAAGGAAGCAUUGGACGCCACUAAUAAUAUACACAGCCGCUUGGUGAAUGCCUGGUUGAAUCCCUUCGAGCGCAUCUACCAUUGGUACAACAAACAGAUGAAAGUCUGCCAGGCUGUGCUCUCGUCUAGUGGACUGCAUGAGCUUAUCGCGCUCUCCAGAGGCUCCGGCAUGGAGGCGCCAUUCGACGUGAUCCUCUUCGACGCCACUUAUGGCCAUUCCUGUUUGCUGGCGCUGACACAGCUAUUCGAGCAUGUGCCCAUCGUGGCAGUUAGUGCGUCGCACAUCACACCGGAUUUGUUGCAAAUUGUGCCUGGCACGCAGCUGCAACCGGCCACUGUGCCACAUUUCACUAGUACACACAACGAACGCAUGAAUUUUUUCGAACGUCUACACAACACAUUGAUAUACGCCUCAGCCCAAUUCUUUCGUCAGUUCACGGUGUUGCGCGUACAAGAGGCUCUCUUGGCUAGGCAUGAGGCAUUGCAAGCAGCUCACAUAAAGCCCACUUUUGAGAGCGUAAACGAUCGUGUUAAAGUCGUGUUGGUUAACAGUCAUCCAGCGUUUGAUUAUGUGCACUCGUUGCCGCCGAAUGUAAUUCAAGUCGCCGGCUUGCAAUUCGAUAAUAUCAAUCGGCCGCUGUUGGUGGAGAUGCAAACAUUCAUUGACGACUCCAUUGAGGGUAUCUUCGUUAUCACCAUUGGCGCUGACCUGUUGACACCGUUACUCAUCGAGCAGGUACUGAGUGUAGUUGAUAAAUUCCCUGAAUAUGGCUUCGUGUGGGGUGUUAAGAAGAUUAUGAUACCGUCGACUGGGAGGAAAAAUCUCUAUGUGGGAAAAUGGUUGAAGAAAAGCAAUAUUUUGGCACAAAACAAGGUGAUAGGCGUAAUUACCGGCGGCAGUCAUAUGGAAGUGCAGGAGGCUAUCUACCACGGAGUGCCCAUUAUUGCAAUAACUAAUACCUUACAGCCGCCUAGUAUCGCCACACGUGUCCAGUCCUUAGGCGUCGGCCUAAGCGUGGAUUUAAAAUCCGGCGCUGAAAAACUACAGAGCGCCAUCGCAGCAUUAGCUACGCAACCGCAAUUCACAGAGAACGCAAAAUCUCGCCAAGUGGCUUUUCGUAAUCGGCCACAAAAUCCUCUCGAAGAGGCACUCUGGUGGAUUGAACACGUCAUGGCGCAUCCUAAUGAAAGUGGGUAUCUUCACUCGCAGGCAGUUGCCGAAACGGGCUUCUUUGCUUUGCAUUCCUUGGACGCCAUGUCUGUGCUUCUCUUCAUGUUGGUAAUGUUCUUGGUGAAUACUUUUAUUGUGCUGAAACAGCUGAGAGAACAAUGUCAGGGCAAAAAGUCGGCGACGAACGGCGAAGACAAAGAAAAAAGUCUGAAACGUAAAACGAAGAAGUCAAAUGACAGUAAGAAGAAAGUGCAGUGAGGUACACUACAAUCAACAAAAUUAGAAAUAAAUAUUUAAUUACUUUAAUAAAUUAAUAAAAUAAUAGAAUAACCUCGCUAUAA